AUGCCCUUGAAGAACAUAUUUAACUCGUCAUCAUCAUCGUCUUCUCUUGCUGAUGAGCAACAAUCGACCUCGCCCCAUAGAUCGAUGUUGAGAAAGAAACAUUCAUCGAGCACUAUAUCGCCGCUGCUGACAGCAAGUUCGAUCAAUAAAAGACCACUGCAUACAAAUACUAAUGCUACUGCUACUGUUCAGCAGCAACAACAACAGCAACAGCCACAUCAGCACCAGCAUCAACAACCGCAUCAUUACCAACAGCAAACACAUCAACGGAAUGGAGCGAACAAUAUUCCAUCCGGCCGAUCGUCGCCUGCCUUUUCGCCUGCGUCUUCCACCAACGAUGUAGCAAACAAGGAACACCACACUUUGUCGCUCAAGCGGUUUUUCAAAAAACUCAAGCCUCAUGACUCGUCUUCGUCUUCGCUGUCAUCAAAAUCGAAACAUCCCCACCAGUAUACCGCGGGAGCCGGUAAACCAGACCCACUCCCUAGUACCGCUGACUUGUUCAAGAAAUAUGGACAACCUGGCAAACUAUUGGGAACGGGUGCUAGUGGCUCAGUGAAUUUACUAACUUCUAAAACCGAUCCUCUGACAGUAUACGCUGUCAAGAAGUUUAGAAGCAGAUUGCCCUCGGAGCAAGAAGCUGACUACAAGACCAAAGUGCAGAACGAGUACAAGGUGGGCGAGUUUUUGGUGCAUCAAAACGUGAUACAUACAUUUGACCUAAUAAAGGACUAUUCACAUACAAAUUCCAAAAUCGUUGACCCGGACUACUAUAUAGUGAUGGAAUAUUGUCCCUUUGAUUUCUUCAACUUGGUCAUGAGUGGGUUAAUGGAGACAAGAGAAGUUGCAUGUUAUUUCAAACAGAUUGUCAAUGGUGUGCAUUUCCUUCAUGAAAAUGGCCUCGCACACCGCGAUUUGAAAUUGGACAAUUGCGUAGUUAAUCCUCGAGGCGUAUUGAAAUUGAUUGACUUUGGCUCAGCUAUCCAGUUUCGCAAGGAAGUGCCUUCAGGUUACUAUGUUACUGAUAGCGAUAUUAUGCUAAGCCCCAAACAUAAAUUGAUCAUGGCGAGAGGCGUUGUUGGGUCAGACCCAUACUUGUCGCCAGAAGUGUUUGAGCCCAUGGGGAUUGGAUACGAUCCAAGAACGGCUGAUGUAUGGUCCAUUGCCAUCAUCUACUGUUGUAUGAUUUUAAAGAGAUUCCCAUGGAAAUUACCUAAAUUGAGUGAUCCCUCGUACAAAUCAUUUGCAGGUCCUCAGCUAAACAUUCACAAUGGGUCUAUCGAGGAGGAUAUUAAUAACAUGCAUCUAGACAACCACAGCAACAACAGCAACUCGGGCGAUUACCGUGAUAGACACGCCCACCACCCACCCAUUGGACCAGAAAGGUUGUUGCGUUUAUUACCACAAGAUUCACGCAAUGUCAUCAAGAAAAUGUUGGUUCUCGAUCCAAAAAAAAGAUACCUCAUGUCCGACGUUUCGAACGAUCCGUUUGUCCAGUCAAUCCAAGAAUGCAAAGUUAUCGGACAACAUCAUGUUGACGAGCAUGUCAUUUCAAGUAGCAAUCACAAACAUCAUUUAGUAUCUGAAGAAGAUUUGAAAAAGAUCACCCAGGAGAAAGACCGCGCAAAGAGGCUAAAGGAAGCUGGAAUGGCAUAG